AUGGCUGACGUACCACUUCUGGUCGUCUCCGAAAACUCAUCAGCGGAGCGCCGCAUUACCCCAUCAUGGUCAAUCAGCACACUCAAGUCAAAGCUUGAGACCGUCACGGGAAUACCUCCCUCGGCCCAAAGGAUCCUCCUCAAGACCGCAGCUGACGGCAACGUACCCGUCGAGGCCGGCGAUGAGGACUCAACUCAACUCACCGCAUUCCGCCUGACUGCGUAUGCUGAACUCCACGUUCUUGACACACGGCCUCCCGGGGCCAGGCCGAACUACACAGAUGCCAGCGGCGUCGACAAGUACGUUAUGCCGGAGGAAGAAUACGCCAAGAAGACCGACUCGGUGCUCGCUUGGAAGAAGGCUGAGAAGCUGGGUCGAUUCGACCCCGACGCCCCCAGCCGAGAGGAAGCCAAGAUUGCGGCCUUCGCUCAGGAGGUGCGCAGUCGCGGCAUCGAGGCCGGGAAGCGUUGCCGCGUCGGAGGCGAUGACACGCGAAGGGGUACCGUCAUGUACGCAGGCGACGUGAAGGAGAUCCCCAAUGGUUCAGGUGCGUGGGUCGGCAUUCAGCUUGACGAGCCCGUCGGCAAGAACGACGGCAGUGUCAACGGCGCCAGGUACUGGGGCCAGCCGUCGGACAUGAAGCAUGGUGUGUUUGUCAGACCGGAGAGGGUGGAGAUAGGCGACUUUCCUGCGAUGGACGAUCUGGGCGACAUGGAGGAAAUUUGA